GCAAUUCUCAGGUCCCAGGAACCAAUAGCAAGGAAUCGUCCAAGCAAAAUCCGGGAUUGGUUUUCAAUUGGCAAACACGCAAACACGCGACUUUGGGCACUAACCAAAUCAUUCACCAUCCACCGUCUACCAUUUACGUCGACCAUUUAACAUCCUUCAUUGCUGACCUGAUAUUCUCGACUUCACGACCUUGGAAAUAUUGAAUAACUAUCCCUACACUCCGUCGCGGCCUGGUCAAUCUUUAGUCGAUUAAUCAUUACACCCUCAACGUCGGACCAGAAAUAUGGCAGAGCAACAAUCGCCCCCGCCGGCUGGAAGCCGUGAUAAGCUUGAAGCCCAGAUUAAAUCGGCGGAUAUGACUGAGGAUAUGCAGCAAGAGGCUAUCGAUGUUGCCCAGGAAGCCAUGGGCAAGUACACGAUCGAGAAAGAUAUCGCACAGCACAUCAAGCGCACGUUCGACGAGCGAAAGGGUCCGACUUGGCAUUGCAUAGUAGGACGAAACUUCGGAAGCUUCGUCACUCAUGAGACGAAGCACUUCAUCUACUUCUACCUAGGACACUGUGCCAUCUUGUUAUUCAAGACACAGUAGAACGGGAGUUCUACAAUGAGGGAUCUUGUUGAAUCUUUCGACCGCCUCCCCCUGUAUCGUCGGGAUCUCAGCCUCAGCCCUCCUUAGAACAUAAUGUUCAGGACGUUAUGAUUGCAAAAUCGGGAAUUUCGAGGGCACGAAUUCGGAGAUUACUCAACCCCCUAGCGUUAAUAUUUACGUAGCUCGAUCACAGCAUCGGAGUGGGUUGAUGUACAUUUGUCAUCUCCAUAAGCCGCCAAUAUAGAAGACAUAAGGGUACACAAAAACGAAAGACGUGCAAUGUGAAGCCUACUAAAACUUAGCCAGAUCUAGGCGUACCAUAUAAGUGUAAUGACAAACCUUGAGUGGCUACGACUAUUCGUAAGG